CCCACCUUUCCUUCACACUCCCAUCACCACAAUGCCUUCUUCACCUCAGGUUCUUUCAACUCCUCUCACAAAAGCAUUUGGGAUCAAUCAUCCCGUUAUGCUUGCAGGCAUGAACGUCGCUGCUGGCCCGAAACUAGCUGCAGUGGUCACUAAUUCUGGCGGCAUCGGAGUCAUUGGCGGUGUUCGACAAAGUCCAAAGUUUUUGAAGGGCUCAAUUGAAGAACUCAAGAGCCAUUUGGAGGACAAAAAUGCACCUUUCGGUAUUGACCUGCUCAUCCCCCAGGUCGGAGGUAACGCGCGUAAAACCAACACCGAUUACACCGAUGGCCAGCUACCGGAAUUGAUUGAUGUAAUUAUUGAAGGCGGUGCCAAACUAUUCGUUUGUGCGGUUGGUGUUCCACCGAAAUGGGCCGUCGACAAACUUCACAACGCAGGCGUUCUUGUGAUGAACAUGAUCGGGCACCCCAAACACGUCAAAAAAGCAUUGGAUCAAGGCGUCGAUAUUAUCUGUGCUCAAGGAGGUGAAGGAGGAGGUCACACUGGUGAUACACCGUUUUCCAUCCUUAUCCCUACAGUGGUAGACCUAUGCAAGGACAAGAAGAGCCCUCUCACCGGAGAGCCCGUCAUUGUAGUUGCUGCUGGUGGCAUUUCCGAUGGACGUGGUCUUGCUGCGUCACUUUCAUACGGUGCUUCGGGCGUUUGGGUAGGAACCCGCUUUGUUGCGAGUGUGGAGGCUGGUGCUCCUAAGAAGCACAAGGAGAUGGUUGUCACCGCCGGCUUCGACGAUACUAUUCGUACAACCAUUUACACGGGGCGGCCCAUGAGUGUUCGAAAGACUUCAUAUAUCACAGAAUGGGAAACUACCAGAAACCAGGAAAAAGAACAGUUGCUAGCCAAAGGUUUGUUACCACACACUGUUGAAUUGGAGAAACACCCAGAAAAGUCGGUUGCCGGAAUCAGCUGGCUUAUGGGCAAGGUGGCCGGAAGAGUGAAUGACGUGAAGCCUGCCAAAGAAAUUGUUGACGAAAUGGUGGCUGAAGCGGCCCAAUCAUUAAAGGCUGCUUCGAGCUUUAUUACAGCGAAGGCCAAGCUAUAACCGUACCGCACCGUUUUCACAGAUUUACUGCAUGAUUUACUUCAUAUGAUCUAUUCUUUCGGAUAUUCAUCCUAUUUUCAAACUCUCACUGUCUUUAUCGUGCACGACGCAUGUAUAAUGUCCUACAGUUGUUUAGAAUCUGAGAGUGA